AUGGUCUUUGCAUUUCGUUCUGCAGCUUCGCGACUGACUCCGGCUGUUGCCGUGUUCCUUGGCGGCGCGACACUCGGUACAACACAUUCGAGUGUUGCAUUCGCCGAAGAUAAGCGUGACCUGCGCGAUCUCGAGUUUGGUGUACCGCAUGACCGCAAACGUGUGGACCCAUUCUCGCCAUUCUUUCCGUCAGACAAACAUCCAUGCACGCACGCAGGAAUGUUUAUUCCUGGGUGCCAUGAGCUUAAAAUUUUCUCGGGAUCUUCACACUUUGAGCUAGCCGACGACAUUGCGCGACGUCUUGGUACUAGAGUGGGCAAAAUCAAGUUGGGCCGUUUUGCCGAUGGAGAAGUUCAGGUGCAGGUGGGUGAGAGCGUGCGUGGGAAGGACGUGUAUCUUGUGCAGAGUCUGGCAAGCCCCGUGAAUGACAAUAUUAUAGAGCUGCUUCUCAUGGUCAGUACUAUGCGUCGUGCGAGUGCUAAAAAGGUCACUGUCGUGCUACCCUAUUAUGCGUAUAAGCACCACCGUCGUGCAAACCCGGCUGCAACCAGUCUAAAUUCCAAAUUUAUUCAAAGUCCUGCAGCUGACAUUGCGAAGAUGUUGGAGGUCAUGGGUGUGGACCGCGUCAUUGCUGUAGAUAUGCAGAUGCGCGUUGAAGGCCACGAGGCCUGUUUUUUCAGCUCAGACAUUCCUGUGGAGACUAUUGAGACUAUUAUGGCUGGUGUCGAGUACUUCGCCACUCAGGUGCACCUUCGGCGCCCACUUGUAGUGAUGGCGCCCAACCCGGAGUGCUUAAGGCGCGCACGUAUCUUCCAGACGGGAAUUAACAAGUGGCUUCCGGACUCCCCAGCGCAGUUCGCCGUGUUUUUUCACGGGACGGGCAAAAAGGUCUCGGGAGAAUAUUCUACGGCAGAUAUUGUGGGCGACGUUAAAGGUGCCGAUGUGAUUGUUGUUGACGAUUUGGUUGACACGAGUGAGACUCUGUCUAAGCUUACGAAUCUUGCGCUGAGCAAGGGAGCUCGCAAGGUUUACUGCUUUGCCUCGCAUCCGUUACUUACCGGCGACGCGGAGCGCUUGAUUGACGAGUCAAACGUGUCGCAAGUGGUUGUGAUGGACACAAUACCGGCAAACCCGAAGGCUUUUCACUCGGACAAGCUCAAACGCUUGUCAGUUGCGCCCAUGUUGGCAGAGCUGAUUCAGGCUGAGCACUUUAAGGCGCACUCAUAUAUCGACAAGGUGAAUUCACGCGAGGAUUUCAAGUACGUGCACCAUUAUUAA